CCCACCCCGCCGCUCUUACAAAAACCUCCCUCUCCCCUCCUCUUGCUCGGCGAUCCAUCUAAUCGAUGCGAGGAGGCCACUGUUGACUCCCAUCCCUCCCUCCCCCCUGCCGCCAUGUCUGACGACAGCGACGGGCAGAGGCAAUGCCGCCGCGGCGUCACCGUCGACGUCGAGCUCGACGCCGCCAUGGCGCUCGCCGACAUGGCCGGGGUCGGGCCGGCUGCCACCCCUGGCGGCGGCAACCACCCGCGCUCUUCUCAUCAGGCUGCCGCCGCGGCGCCGCCGACAGCGGAGGGAGAGGACGAUUUGGCGAGCACGCGGCUGAGCCUUGAGCUCGGCAAGGUCGGCAUCCAGUCCGCGUCCCCCUGCUCCAGCAGCUCCAGCGCCGGCCACCCGCACCCCCAGCCUUCGGCACAGCAUCAGCCGCACCCCGUGCCCGAGGCGGCGGCGACGGGGUACGGCCCCCGGCCCCGGCACACGCUCACCGAGGCCGAGAAGGAGGCGAAGCGGCUGCGACGCGUGCUGGCCAACCGGGAGUCCGCCCGCCAGACCAUCCUCCGGCGCCAGGCCAUCCGCGACGAGCUCGCCAGGAAGGUCGUCGACCUCUCCUCCCAGAACGAGAACAUGAAGAAGGAGAAGGACAUGGUGAUGCAGGAGUACCUCUCGCUCAAGGAGGCCAACAAGCAGCUCAAAGAACAGGCACACCACCAUCACCACCAUCGCUUUCGCUUUCGCUUUAAUCCUGUACUUGCUUGACUAGACAGAUUACGUCGUCCGCUGCAUGAUCGACGAUUAAACAACUGUAUUAUCCAAAGCAUGAUGUUGCCAUUGUUAGGCAGACAGGAAUCUAGUACGUUCCAAGCCUCCAGUUGUGCCCCUCGACGGAGGCCACAUGACACCCAAAGCUUUUCUGGCCACUACAAGGUCGAUGCCGUACACCUAGCUGCUACGGAGGAGCAUGCUAGUUGUGGUUGUGGUGCUCGAUUUGUGUUCGUUGUCAAAGUGCUUCUUGCUGUUGUACGCAUGUCACGCUGACAGAGACAUCUUAUAUCGGAUAAUGAUAGAACGAACAAUCUCUUCCUUCUUUUCCUUUUCCUUUCCCUGGCCUUUUGGUCGGCACACCCAGCUCGGUAGCUAGCUCGGUGCAAUGCCGACGCUGGCCGCAUGGGGUGCGUCCGCGUAGGGUAGUCAGCUCAGGUGUUCUCCCUUCUAGUCGGUUCAGCAGACUGGCCUUCCCUGGGGAGAAAAGUUGCUGCACGCAGCCGUGUCCUCGGUGUCGUUUGCAGCGUCGCGCGUCACCUGGUCACCGCACCACGUCGGCACAGCUCGUCUUUUUGUCGCCGGAGUUAUCAUCGGUCUUGCUGUCACACCACGUCGGAAUUAGCUGUUUCAGAGCCGAAGAGGCGCCGCAGGUCCUGAUCGAUUCGUCACUUCCAAUUCUCUGCAGGUGGCGAGGACGACCAAGAAAGCCCCGGUGACGACGGCGGUGACCGCGGCGGUGCCCAUGCACGUGGCGGCGGUGCAGCAGCAAGCGGCGGAACCCAUGGCGGCUGCGGCGGCGUCGCCGCCGGCCACGCCGCCGCAGCCGGGGUUUCUGUACACCGCGGCGCCGCCGGUGCCCUACGUCUGGGGCUCGUGGCCGCCCGGCGCCGGGUACGAGCACCACCACCAUCACG